AUGGCAACCCGUUCCCGGAGCACCGCUCGUCCCCCGUCCCCUCUCGAUCAAGGAGAGUUGGGACCCGCUCUUCCGGCAGCCGCCGAUGAGCCGAGAAGCCUCGAACCAGAGGUCUAUGGGGAAAUCUCCCUCGGCCGCGCAAUCUCCCUCCUCCUGGGAUUGCAAAACCAAGUCAUCCGGCUCGAACAGGAACUCGAGGAACUCAAGGAGGUCAACAAGGAAGCCCAAGAUUGGAUGGGAGCGGUUGACCAAACCCUCACUCGAAUCGAGGCUAUUGGGGGGCCCCAGCCCCACACACCAGAAGACCGGAAGCCCCCGGCAGUCGAGGCCACGCCCAGGCCCAUAUCCAAAACCGACCCUCUUCCAGCGCCUAGUGCGCCCCUCAUUGCCUGGGCCAACCCCACCAAGCCGCCCAUCACCUUUGCCCAACCAACUCCCGUCCGGGCUCCCCCGAGAAUCCCUACUCCCACUCCACCUGCGCCUAUCAGGCUCCAAUCCCCCCUUGCCUCUCAACCAGCGGCUCCAGUAGUCGCUUAUCAAGCCCCCGUCAAGGUGGAUCACCCCGACGCCUAUACGGGGAAGAUUGGUAAUGAGUCCAGACAAUGGCUCACCAGGAUGAUGGCAUGGGUCCGCCUCAAUCAGCGAAUGUUCCCAACCGAUCAGGAGGUAUUGUCCUUCCUCCUGAUGAACAUGAAGGACACGGCAGGAGCCUGGGCACACCCCCACCUUGAUCAACUAGGGUCUCACAGGGCCAUCAUCCAAACAGUCGAGGACUUUAGGAGGGAGUUCCUAUCCGCAUUUGGGAAUCCGGACGCUACACGAGCCGCUGAGCGGCAAAUCACAAACCUUACUCAGACAGGAACCUGUGCUGAGUACAUCACUAAGUUCAGGACCAUCGCCAUGGACCUGGACUGGAACGACGCCGCCCUUUGCGGGCAAUUUGCACGUGGCCUCCACUGGGAGGUCAGCCGCCUCAUUGCCACUCGAGAACGGCGACCCACCACCCUCCUUGAGCUGCAGAACGCGGCUCUGGUCAUCGACAACGCCCUCCGUGAGGAGCGCGCCAGCCACCCGCCUAAGGGUAAUAAGUCUGGCACCUCCAAUACCACCCCCAAUAGGGGGGCGAGUACCGGCCAACAGGCCACCAGACCAGGGCGCCUCUCCGGCAACCCCAACUUUGUCUCCAAGGAGGAGCGUAACCGCCGCAGGGCUGAAGGCCUUUGCAUCAAAUGCGGUAAGCCGGGCCACAAAUUUGCGGAAUGCCGCACUGGCUGGAAAGCCACACCCAAGGAGGAAGGGGCCAAAAAGGAAGCCGCCAAGAUUGGCAAAGAGUCUGGACCCGAAUCGGGAAAAGACUAA